AUGAUGGUGCGUUUCUUAUGCUGCCUCGCGCUGCUCUCACCGUUCCUGGCCGCCGCCGCCGCCGCCGCCGAUCCGGCCCGGCCUUGGGAGGCCUACAUCAAGAGCCCUUCCUCACGCAAUGUUCUGCCAAAGCAGAUCCACGCCAUCUCGGGUGAGGCAGAGGUGACGUCCGCCGCAGAUGGGUCGUACGUCCUGUCUCUCGAAAAGGGCGGCCAGGUAUCGCUCAAUUUCGGCUACGUCGGGGGUCUCCUCUCGAUGCGUACCGAGACGGAAUCCGAAGGAGAACCGCACUUUUCUCUCGCCUUCGCCGAGUCGCCGUCCUUCGUGCGCGCCAUCUCCGACGACACGGGUGCCGUCCCGACGCAAGACUAUGACAAGGCGCUCAACGUGACGGUGCCGUUGGGCGAGUUCUCGUACACGAUGCCGACGGAGCGGUUCCGAGGCGGCUUCAAGUUCGUCACGAUCCACGCGUUCGAGCCCGUCACCAUUUCCGGCAUCGUCUGCCACCUCGGCUACUCACCUUCUCAGCAAGACCCCAGCGUGUACUCGGGCCACUUCUACACUCCCGACGACGACGUUCUCGUCCGCGCGUGGUAUGCCGGUGUCUUUACGGCGCAGACCAACAUCGCCCCGCCCAACACCAGCCGCUGGCUGCCGCAGGUCAAAGACGGAUGGGCUUACAACGCCACCCUGGGCGCAGAGGGCCCCAUGCUCCUCGACGGCGCGAAGCGGGACCGGGCCGUGUGGCCCGGCGACCUGGGCAUCGCCGGCACCACGGCGUACCUCGGCCUCGGCGACGUCGGGUUGGAGUCGGUGUACUAUGCGCUGGAGACCAUGUUCAUCUACCAGAAUACCACGACGGGUGCUCUUCCGUUCGCGGGGCCGACGACCGGCUCGUGGCGGCGCGGCGCCCGCAGCGACACCUAUCACGCCUGGACGCUGAUCGCGUGCUUCAACUAUGCCAUCUUCACCACCGACACGGCUUGGGUGGACUCGCGAUGGAGCAACAUCUCCGCAGGCGUGGAAUACAUCAUACGCGCGCUCGACAACGACGUGGGACUCGCGCAGCAGGUUGAACCGAACGAUUGGGCGCGGCUCGGCGGCGGUGGUUACAACAGCGCCCUCAACGCCCUAAACUACCACACGCUCGCCGUGCUUUCUUCCUUGGCCCUCGACACUGGCCGCGAGUCCGAGGCGAAAACCUGGUCGGCCGCCGCCGCGAGGUUGAAGGAAGCAUACAACACCGUCCUCUGGGAUGAAUCAGUUUCUCUGUACCGCGACAACCAGACUUCCGCCGGUGCCCUGCUCUUCCCUCAAGACGGUAAUGCGCUCGCGCUGUACUACAACCUCACGCUCUCCGCAUCGCAGGCCUCGGCCGUCUCGGCCGCGCUGACCAGAAACUGGAACGACAUCGGACCCGUGACGCCUGAAUUGCCCGAUACCAUUUCCCCCUUCAUCUCGAGCGUCGAGGUCCUGGCUCACUACACGGCGAACAAGCCCCGUCGCGCGCUGAGACUGAUGCGGCGGACUUGGGGGUACAUGCUCGACUCGCCGCUGAUGACGGGCGAGACGCUCGUGGAGGGCAUGAGUGCCAACGGGUCCUUGUACUACCGUUCAAAGCGGGGAUACAACUUCGACGCAGCAUACACUUCGCUCUCGCACAGCUGGUCUACCGGACCUACCCAGGCGCUUAGUUUCAAGGCCGUUGGGUUGGAACUUGUCGGGUGGAAGAAGUGGGUUUUUAAGCCUGCGCUGGGUGACUUGAAGAGCGCGAGAGCAGGAUGGACAGGCGGCGGAGGUGAAUUUGGAGCGGUUGUUGAGCUUAAGGAUGAUGUGCUUGAGGCCGAACUCACGACUCCCGAGGGUACCAAGGGAACAAUUGAUGUUCCGUGCGAUGUUUUGUUGGUUGAUGGAGAGAAAUCGACUGGAGUGGUGGAGGGAGGCAAAAAGAAGGUUAGAGGUGAAAAGUGUCGACUUGGCUGUUGA